AUGGCUCCAUACCUCAUCCACAUUUUGACUCCCGACAAUACGUCUCCAGACACAGCUUGUGGUAUCGCUCGAAGCGAAAGCGCGCUCGAAAUUAUACAAACCCUAGGGAACAAAGGCGGGGCUGUGUUGAAGAAUUCCACCACAGUUUCCUCGGCGUCGAAAGAGCAGGAUGCGGUUUCGAAUACGGCAGUUGAGGCUCUAUUGGAGGCCUUGCCCUAUGACGGCGAAUAUCAGCACAGCGCUGUCAAUAUUGUGAAAAGAACUUCGGCCAAAAACGAAUGGAUCCGAGCACCCAAAUGGGAAUUGUUUGCUGAAGGUCAGGGCACGUCCGCUAUCUGGUGUCACCACCUCGGAGGUACACAGGAGGACAAAUGGAUCAUGAAGUAUGACAAAGCUGGCCGUUCUCCAGAGUCUGGCGAAAGGGUGGUUGAGUUGAGAGAGACCGACAUGUAG